AUGUCCGGCGUGGCAAAUGUCGGGCAAUCGACCGACCUGCCCAUGUCUACGCCGCAAACUACGCCGGCCGGUGGGCAGGCACGCCGUCCCGCGGCGGCUGAGGCGGCAGAGCCGGAGGCGCGGCCUCUGCUGCCCCCACCGCCCGCCCCCGCCGCCGCCGCGGCCGCCAUGCGCGCUCCGGCCGGCCGGCCAGUCGCGCGGCGCACGGCUCGCGGUCCGCAGCCCAGCGUAGCGCCCGCUCCGCGUCGCCAGUCGCCGCCGCUGACGGCAGGGUCCGCGGCGGACACCGCUACACGCGCACCCGCGGCCUUCCGGGAGUCCACUCUGCUCUGCGCCGCGACCUUUCUCCGACCGCUAGUGCGCGUGGGAGAGUCCGAGGAGGAGGGCGACGAGGAGCUGUCCCUGGACCCGACGUACGCGGCGCUGGAGGGCGUCGUCGCCGUGUCGGCGCUGCUGGGCAACGGCGUCGUGCUGGUCGCGUUCGCGCGCGAGCGCCGCCUCCGCCGCCGCACCAACUACUACAUCGCGUCGCUCGCCGUCGCCGACCUGCUCGUCGGGCUGCUAGGGUUGUGA